AUGGGAAAAUUGUGGAACUUAAUUAAAAGUCAGCUUCUUAUUUUGCUAAUGAGUUUGCUUUUAAUACUUCAGUGCAUAUUUGGUUCUGAAGAAUACUACUAUUUGUUUGUAGUGUUAUUAUUGUAAAUUACUCGUAUGGCAUGGGAAUAUUUAGGGGCAUCAUAAUUUUAAAUUGUACUAAUCAUUUAAUAUUUGGGAUACAUGACAAUUCUGUAUUUAAGUAGUAACAAAGAUGUGUUAUCAUGCAUGUGUGUCAUGUAAAUAGGAUAGACUUUAUUGUUUGAGAAUGAAUUCAAGAACAAAUGGCUAAUAAUAUUGUUCUCAGUAGGAGCAGAUCUUCUUGUACUUCUUUUGUUCAUGAAUAAUCAUAUUACUCAAAUUUAUUUACCUUGUAUAUCAAUAGCAAUAAAGACUUUAACAUAAUUGAUCAACUAACCUUAAUAAAAUGGAAACUUUAACUUCAAUUAAGAAAAUUUCUUUGUGGAUAGUAAUCAUCAUUCUACUUACAAAAUAACUAAAGAUCGUAAUUGUCAUUCUGAAAGUUAACCUCCAACUCCAAAAAAUGAUCUUUACUAAGUGGAAUUGCUUAGCUUUUUUCCUUAGGGGAUUGCACUGGUUGGAUUAAAUGAUGAUGUCUAGUUUUGUAAUGAGAAUAUGAAAAAGAUAUUUGUUUAAGGAGAUAAUCAAUAAUCAAUUCUAUAAGCAAUAUAUAAUUUGGAGGAAUAAUAGAUAGUGGAAUAAGCAGAAAAAUAAUCAAUGGAAUAACCACCAAAAUAAUCAAUGAGUUCAUUUUCAACAUUUUAACCUGUACCUAUACAAAAGACUUUAUUUAUGAGUGCAGCAAGAUCUUAAAAUAAAUAAUCAGGAACAGUUAUAUAAUAAAAAUUGAAAGAAAUGCCAUUACCAAGAGCAAAGACAUAGUCAAAAAAAGAGACAAUUAAAAUAUAGGAUACAUUUAUUUCUGAUUGUUGUGUAAAUGAUUAUUAAUAUUAUUUAGAUAAUUGAUUAAGAGAUUCAAUGUAUGAAAAAGUAGAUUUAAAGAAAAGAAGUUUAGAAUUUGAUGAAAAAUACACAUGUAUAAGAACAUAUUGUUGUAUUGGGGUAUAUUAGAUCAGAGAAAUAAAAACGUAGAUAAAUAGAAAUUAAAUUGUAUUCGACUUUAAUUAAUGAUUGUCCUUACAUUCUUAUAGUUGCACGAGAUAUUACUCAUAGAGAUUAUAUUAGAUCAUUAAAGAAUUAUAGUAAUUAGAAAUCUAAGAUGUUGGCAUUUGUAAGUCAUGAAUAUAGAACACCAUUGAAUUGUAUUAUAGAUUAAUUGAAUGAGAGUUUGAAUGAUGAAAGUAGGAAUAGAUCUGAGACCUUAUUUUGUGAAAAGGAUAAGGAGAAUUAAAAAUAUGUUAGGGUUGCAUUACAUACAGCUAAAUAAUUGUUGAAUCUUUCUGAUGAUCUUCUUGAUUUAGCUUAGAUUAGAGUAGGUAAAUUUAAGGCAGUGAAAUAAAAGUUUAAUUUAAAGAAUAUGUUAAAAAGUUGUCUUGAAUUAUUCUCAGCCACUGCUGAAAAGUAAUAAAUAGUCUUGACAUUGAAUUAUAAUGCACAUGUUCCAAAGAUUAUAGAAUAAGAUUCCAAUAGAAUUAAAUAAAUAAUUAUGAAUUUAAUAGGAAAUGCAUUUAAGUUUACACAAAAAGGAAAUAUUACAUUAGAAGUAACCUAAGGAUAAGAUAGAAAGAAGAUAAAUAUUUCUGUGAUAGAUACAGGAAUUGGAAUUUCUGAUGAUGAUAAGGUAAAAUUAUUUAAAGCUUUUGCAAAAGGUAAUAGUGAAGAGAGUAAGAAAUUGAAUACAUAAGGUGUUGGAUUAGGAUUAUUAAUAAGUAAUUAAAUAUUAUAAAAUCUUAAUGGAGACAUUUAAAAUGGAUUAAAAUUACAUUCUUAAUUAAAUAAAGGAUCUACAUUUUAUUUUAGUAUAUAAAUUUGUGAUGUACAAGAAAGUUAUUCACUUAAUGAAAUGGAAGAACGCAAUUAAGAAAGUGAAAAUUCAGAAUAAAAUUCUUAUGAUAUUCCUGAAGAUGAUUAACCUCAAAAAUUAAAAGUUAUAACUAAGAAUGUAAAUAUUAAGGCAUCAACAAAAGUUUCUAUUGGAGAUCCAAAAAUAUUAAUAGUGGAUGAUGUAUAAUUAAAUAUAGAAAUGAUUACACGUAUGAUAUCAAACACUGCUGUAGAUUGGGCAUUAAAUGGAUAUUAAGCUAUAUAAAAAUGCAAAGAAAGAAUUGAACAUAAUUAAGAAUUUUAUAAGGUUAUACUUAUGGAUUUGGAAAUGCCUAUUAUGAAUGGAUUUUAAGUAUCAUAAGCAAUCUUUAAUUUAUGUGCUGAAUUAGGAGCAUCUACUACAAUAAUUGGGUGUUCGGCAUAUGACUCAGAAGAGUAGAUGGAAGAAUGUUUGAAAGUAGGAAUGACAGAGUAUUUACAUAAGCCAGUGAAAUAGAAGGCUCUUAAAAAAAUCUUAUUUAAGUAUCUAUGA